GUCCUUUUUCACUCACAUCCAUUCCAACUGUUUCUCCCUUCUUUGUUCAACCAAUUCAACAAAACUGUAUUUGUUCUUCUCGCCUUCAAUUCUUUGCAUCGUUCAAUGCACCGACUAUUAAUGUCCUGUUCUAACUCUUCUCCCAACUACCUCGCUUAUCUCCAUGCGCGCAGCUGCAAUUGUUUUAUUUCACACUCAAUCCACAUUAGGGUUUAAUCGCAAGGGGCGUGGAGAAAUUCUCUAUAAGAGCUUCACGAGAAAUCUACUAAACUCUCAAAAAAGCUGUAUGAAUUUGUGAUUAUACAAGUUGAUAGCAUUUCUUUGUCGUAAUGAUAGGAAUGGCGAUGCUCAUGGCUGCUGGAACUAGCAUUGCCGCUGAGGGAGACAAAGACAGAUCGAUAUCUCUGGACCCUCUGACGACAAGGACAAUUGAAACGAAAUCUGGGUCAUCUGAAAGUGUUCCAAUAGGUACUACUCGCAUUGUGGUAAAAGAAAAGGCAGAUAAGAGAGACGAAAUCAUCUUCGUCUUACAUUUGGUCAUUAUCAAUCUUGUAAUCGUUACCUCUUCAAUCGUUUUCUUUCCGAUUCGAUCUUAGCGUUUGAUUUAGCAGCACUUUGACAAUCGAAUCUCAAGAUAUUUUUCCAUUUGAUAAAUAUCCUCCAUAAGACUUUUUCCCACUAUUUUGGAGGAGCCGUUAUGUCCGAUUCCUGUACAUUUUGGAACAAUCCAUUUCCUUCACAACUUUCUGCAGAAUAGCUAAGCCUACUACAUAUACUACAUAUUCUGGUUCUCUUAUUUUAUCGAACAGAAUUUUCAAGAUUCUAUUGUGUGUAUUUUUUUUUCUAUUAGAAUACAAAAUAGAUUGUAGAAAUCUCAUAGCUUUAAUGAUUGAAGUUAUGAAAGGGUAAUCUAGAAAGUGUGAUUUAAUACUUAGAGCUGUUUGCU